AACAAGGCCUUUGAAUUCCAGCAAGAGAACGCCAGGAACCUGAAGGAGGCUGAGACCCUGCUGAAAGACCUCUUCCUGGACGUGGACCGUGCUAAGAGGCUGAAGCACCCCCAGGCUAUUGAGAUAGAGAAAGACAUCCAGCAGCUCCAUGACCGUGUGACACAGCAGUGUGCAGAGUACCGGGGCCUCUAUGAAAAGCUGAAUAUCCCUGAUGUGGGGCCGAGGGUAGACUGGGUCAGGAUCCUGGAUCAGAAGAUG